AUGCUGCAAAACAAGAGUGUAACUGAUUUCAUACUGUUAGGACUGACACAGGAUCCAAUGAGACAGAAAAUGGUGUUUAUCAUCUUUUUCAUUUUCUACACUGCAACUGUCGUAGGGAAUUUCCUCAUUAUUGUGACCAUUAAAUGUAGCCGGACUCUUGGGAGUCCCAUGUACUUCUUCUUAUUUUAUUUGUCUAUUGCUGAUACUUGCUUUUCAACUUCCAUAGCCCCUCGACUAAUUGUAGAUUCUCUCUCUGCAAAGAAAACCAUAUCCUACAAUGAAUGCAUGACACAAGUCUUUGCAAUGCAUUUGUUUGGCUGCAUGGAGAUCUUAGUCCUCAUGCUGAUGGCUGCUGAUCGCUAUGUGGCCAUCUGUAAGCCCCUGCAUUAUCCAACCAUUAUGAGAAGACAGGUCUGCGUCAUCAUGAUUAUUUUGGCCUGGAUAUGCUCCUUCAUACACGCUACAACUCAGAAUGCCCUUGUCAUGCGACUGCCCUUUUGUGGAUCCAAUUUGAUUGAUCAUUAUUGUUGUGAUUUGCAACCUUUGUUAAAACUUGCCUGUAUGGACACUUAUAUAAUCAAUAUACAGUUGGUGUCCAAUAGUGGGGUAGUUUGUUCAAGUGGAUUCUUGCUCUUGAUGAUCUCAUACAUUAUUAUUUUAUAUUCACUGAGAAGCCACAGUGCAGAAGCAAGGAGAAAAGCCCUUUCUACCUGCACUUCUCACAUUAUUGUAGUCAUCUUAUUUUUUGGUCCAUGUAUAUUCAUAUAUACACGACCACCAACCACUUUCCCAAUUGACAAAAUGGUGGCAGUAUUUUAUACCAUUGGAACACCCUUUCUCAACCCACUUAUCUAUACAUUAAGGAAUAAAGAGGUAAAAAAUGCAAUGAAAAGAUUAUGGAGUCUCAAAGUUACCUCAGAACGCAUGUAA